CAUUUUUUACACUUAGAAACUGGCAAAUUCCACAAAUCAGAAUUUUAUUUGCUUUUUCAGAACCAAUUUAAGAGCAUACUACUUUCCUGGAUUAUACUGGGCUUUGUCACGGAGAUUUGCUAAGGUUUGGAGCCAGGGUGACUUUAAAGGGCUCCUGAGAUUGUUACCUUCAGCAGAGGAAGCAAGAAGAGCCGUGCCUGGUGUGCAUAUGGACUCAUAUGCCAAGGCACCCCUUCUGACUAUGGAGCUUGGUGUUGACAAAUCUCCUAGGACUUUGGAAGGCUGAAUGGACUAAACAUGAAGAGCCUGAAAGCGAAGUUUAGAAAGAGUGAUACCAAUGAGUGGAAUAAGAAUGAUGAUCGGCUGCUGCAGGCUGUGGAGAAUGGAGAUGCCGAGAAGGUGGCCUCGCUGCUGGGCAAGAAAGGGACCAGUGCCACCAAGCAUGACAGCGAGGGCAAGACCGCUUUCCACCUUGCUGCCGCGAAAGGACACGUGGAAUGUCUCAAGGUCAUGGUGACACAUGGUGUGGAUGUGACUGCCCAAGACACUUCCGGACACAGUGCUUUACAUAUUGCAGCCAAGAAUGGCCACCCAGAGUACAUCAGGAAGCUCCUUCAGUACAAAAGCCCAGCGGAAAGUACCGACAGCUCUGGGAAAAUAGCUUUACAUUAUGCAGCGGCACAGGGAUGCCUUCAAGCUGUGCAGGUCCUCUGUGAACAGAAGAGCCCCAUAAACCUUAAGGACUCGGAUGGGAAUAUACCCCUGCUUCUUGCAGUCCAAAAUGGCCACAGUGAGGUCUGCCAGUUUCUCUUGGAUCAUGGAGCAGAUGUCAAUUCCAGGGACAAAAAUGGAAGGACUGCUCUCAUGCUGGCUUGUGAGACUGGCAGCUCUCACAUUGUGGAAGCCUUAAUUAAGAAGGGUGCAGACCUGAACCUUGUCGAUUCUCUGGGACACAAUGCCUUACAUUAUUCCAAACUCUCAGAAAAUGCAGGAAUUCAAAGCCUUCUAUUAUCAAAAAUCUCUCAGGAUGCUGAUUUAAAGACCCCAACCAAACCGAAGCAGCAUGAUCAAGUCUCUAAAAUAAGCUCAGAAAGAAGUGGAACUCCAAAAAAACGCAAAGCUCCACCACCUCCUAUCAGUCCUACCCAGUUGAGUGAUGUGUCUUCCCCAAGAUCAAUAACUUCUACACCACUUUCGGGAAAGGAAUCAGUAUUUUUUGCCGAAGCACCCUUCAAGGCUGAGAUCAGCUCUAUACAAGAAAACAAGGACAGACUGAGCGACAGCACUACAGGUGCUGACAGCUUAUUGGAUGUAAGCUCUGAAGCUGACCAACAAGAUCUUCUUGCCCUAUUGCAAGCAAAAGUCGCUUCCCUUACCUUACACAAUAAAGAGUUACAAGAUAAAUUACAGGCCAGAUCACCCGAGAAGGCCGAAGCAGACCUAAGCCUUGACUCUUUCCAUUCCACUCAGACUGACCUGGCCCCAUCCCUGGACAAGUCGAGUGAAGCCCCUUCCUCAGACGCCAAAUCAUCUCCAUCUGUAGAACGUCCUGUGGGGACAUCCCCUGUGGACCGCGAUGUCAGAAUCCAGCAGCUACAAGACACUUUGCUAGACCUGCAGAAGAAACUGGAGAGUUCUGAAGCAGAGAAGAAACAGCUACAGGCCGAACUCCAGUCCCAGAGGACAGACCUGAUGUGCGGGAACAGCACAGAGAUUUCUGAGAAUGGCUCUGACCUCAGUCAGAAACUCAAAGAAACCCAGAGCAAGUAUGAGGAGGCCAUGAAAGAAGUCCUCAGCGCUCAGAAGCAGAUGAAACUGGGUCUCCUCUCCCAGGAGAGUGCAGAUGGCUGUUCACAUCUCCGAGAGGCCGGGGUCGCUAAUGUUGACGUGGACACACUGAGGCAGGACCUGCAGAAUGCACUGGAAGAGAGUGAAAGGAAUAGAGAGAGAGUGAGGGAGUUAGAAACGAAGCUCGUGGAGAAGGAGAAGGCUGGGGCUACUAAGCCACCUGCAGCAGAAGAAUGUGAGGAGAUGAAAAGCUCAUACUGCUCUGUCAUUGAGAAUAUGAAUAAGGAGAAGGCAUUUUUGUUUGAGAAAUACCAGCAGGCCCAGGAAGAAAUCAUGAAACUAAAAGACACACUGAAAAGUCAGAUGCCGCCGCCGGAAGCCCCUGAUGACGCUGGGGAUAUGAAAGAGGCAAUGAACAGGAUGAUAGAUGAACUCAAUAAACAGGUGAGUGAACUGUCGCAGCUGUACAAAGAGGCCCAGGCCGAGCUGGAGGAUUAUAGGAAGAGGAAAUCUCUAGAGGAUGCAGCUGAGUAUAUCCACAAAGCCGAACACGAGAGGCUGAUGCACGUGACCAACGUGUCCAGGGCGAAAGCUGAAGAAGCACUGUCCGAAAUGAAGUCCCAGUAUUCCAGAGUACUGAACGAGCUGACUCAGCUCAAACAACUCGUAGACGCUCACAAGGAGAACUCGGUGUCCAUCACCGAACAUCUGCAAGUGAUAACCACGCUGCGGACCACUGCCAAGGAGAUGGAAGAGAAAGUGAGCCACCUCAAAGAGCACCUUGCGAGCAAGGAAGCAGAAGUCACAAGGCUGGAGAAGCAACUCCUGGAAGAGAAAGCUGCUAUGACCGAUGCCAUGGUCCCCAAGUCUUCCUAUGAAAAGCUCCAGGCAUCCUUAGAGAAUGAAGUAAACGCGUUAGCAACCAAAUUAAAGGAUUCGGUAAAAGAGAAAGAGAAAGCCCAUUCAGAGGUCGCCCAGGUCCGAAGCGAGGUCUCUCAGGUGAAAAGGGAAAAGGAAAACAUCCAGACUCUCUUGAAAUCCAAAGAGCAGGAAAUAACUGAACUUCUGCAGAAACUGCAGCGAGCUCAGGAAGAUCUUGAAGGGAUGAAAAGAUGUUCCGAGACCUCUUCAAAGCUGGAGGAGGAUAAGGACGAAAAGAUAAAUGAGAUGUCGAAGGAAGUCAUGAAACUGAAGGAGGCCCUCAACAGCCUCUCCCAGCUCUCCUACUCCACAAGCUCAUCCAAGAGGCAGACCCAGCAGCUGGAAGUGCUACAGCAGCAGGUCAAACAGCUGCAGAACCAGCUGACUGAAUGUAAGAAACAACACCAGGAGGUCAUAUCAGUUUACAGAAUGCAUCUUCUAUAUGCUGUUCAGGGCCAAAUGGAUGAGGAUGUCCAGAGAGUCCUGAAGCAGAUACUCACCAUGUGUAAAAACCAGUCCCAGAAGAAGUAAAACGGAGUCCUUGGCGGGACACUGCCCCUAGUGGCCUCUUUUUGUGUUAGACCUGAAGUUGUCGCCGACCACUGCCAUUGUUUUUAUCCAUGGUGUGCACUGUGACCCAGCAUAGCUUCUUUUCCAGAGGUUUCUGGGGACUAGUCCCAGACGAAGAUACCCUCCUCAGAACUGCGUAGGUUCCUCAGACCAGCGGAGGUGAAGGUCCCUGCCACCUCCUCAGCUAUGCCCCAAAGUCUGGUCCCUGACCGUCGGAGCGGCUUCCCUGAGUGAUCUGCGAGGCCUCCAUGCAGUGAAUAGUCCUGGAUCUCUGCCUUGGGGCUGUGCCAUUCAGCGUGGGACAGCAUUUUUGCCCUCCAUUCCCCAAACAUGAUUUAAUUGCUAACCAAAUUAGAAUAACAUUAGAAGUGAGUGUUUAAGAUCCUUUAUCCUGCGGAUUUAAAAACUCAAAUUCCAUCUUUUCCCUCCAGCUGCCUUACGUUUCCUUGCCCUCCUUAAAGGUCUCAGUUUGCUGAGGACUGUUAACUGCAAUAUAAAGUUUUAAUCGAAGGGUGAACUUCCUUAAAGGUUUUGAAGUAAAUCAACACACUGCAAAUUUUCUAUGCAAACUUGCCUCCUGCUGUUAUCCACGAAGCUCAGGAAAUCCAAAUAUUUGUAUUUCAACAAAGGACAGUAAACUAUGUGUUUACAGCCAAAAGAAAUGCCUCAUGGUUUUUAACCUCAAUUUUUUUAAAAGUGUUUUUUUUUCUGUAUAUUUUUAUUGGCUUUCAAAGAUGUUUUCAUAGCUAAACCCCUAAGUGAGAUUAGAUUAGAUUAACAAUAUUUUAGAUAACCAUGCUUAAGACUUCUUAAAAUGUAACUUUUUCCUCAAAAGUUUUCAGCUAUAGCAGAGGUUAGUUAUAUAUUCCAAACUCAAUUUGAGCUACCACCAGCACCCCAAGAAUUUUCUGUAGUCUACUUCUGAACACAGUAAGUCCUUCUUUUGCCAGUUGAAUAACUGGAUACACCCAAAACUCUAUCACCCAUAAGUGAUUCCUGGAAGGACUGUUAGUGGCAAUCAGUUUCUCCAUGUUGAAAGGAAAUGUUCCAACGUGGUAACAUGGUGCAUAGCAAAAGUCUUGGGGAGGGGGAUAUAUGUCUGUUGACUUUCAGGUUAAAAAAUGUUUGAGUUGCUUGCAGCUUCUCUUAUGGCCCCCUGAUCAUGAGGGAGAUGAGUGGAAUACAGAACUUUUAGUACAUGACCAAACGUGGAGGCCCAACUCUGACAGGUUCGGUGGACUCCAGGGCCGCCUGGGCUCUGCGGGCGCUUCGCUGAACUACCUGUGUUCAUCUGUAUUAGGUAAAGACCAGUGCCAGCAGAACAAAAGUGGCUUUAGGUUGGUGGCGUUCCUUUUCUUAAGUUGUCUGAUUAUAGUUAAGCAUUUCUCAAAAUGCUCCAAAGAAAUGUGAAAGCAUUUGUCUCAGAACUUAAGAAAUUACAGAACCACCUGCCCGCGUGCCCCCACAGAAAUGCUGCAGAAUGUAAAACUUGAGACAUUUUCUAGGAUGCCUGACAAAGUGUAGCCUCUUUCUCGUUUCAGGAUGCAUAUUUAUUACAAGUAUUCUGGUUAAAUAUUGAAAAGAUAUAUGCUGUAGUUUAGCAUUUUUAUCUUUGUAAUUUACAGAAACUAUUGCAGAAAAUAAACUUGGUUCAUUUUGCA